AUGUCUAUUACACCUAAACUACCUAGACCAACUCAAAGUGAUGUAGAAAUGCAAAUCCAUAAGAAAUACCCCAAAAGUAUUCAUAACUUAACUACAACGAAAACAGAUAAGAUUAAUACUAGUAACAAACCAACCACAAUUUCUAAUAUCCCUAUUCACUCUAUUCCCUCUAAAGCAGAACGUACAUUAUCAAAACAGUUCAGUCCAAAACCAACAAUUGAGUCAAGAAAUUAUAGUGAAAAACAAAAACCAAAACAUCAAAUCCUUCAACUUCUUUCAAUGGAACAAAAGAAAUCAAAACAAAAACAAAAACCAAUUGAAUUUAAACAAGAAAUUGUAAAAUUCCCUCCUUUAAACCCAAUCAAAAAAGUAGAAAAAUCAGAUUAUUCCAAAACAGCAGCAUUUGUUAAUGACAUAAUGAAAUUUAAAGGACUUAUUAGUGAUCUUUCUGAUGAUCAAAAAGAAGUAAUAGAAUUAGCUGAAAAUGAAAUUUCAUUCUUCUUUUCAGGUGCUGCAGGUACAGGCAAAUCAUAUGUAAUGAAAAAAUUAAUUACAAUAUUGAAAGAACUUCAUCCAGAACAAGGAUCAGUUGCUAUCACUGCGUCUACUGGUAUUGCAGCUUGUAAUAUUGGAGGAACGACAUUACAUAGUUUUGCUGGAAUUGGAUUAGGUGAUCAAAGUGUUGAUAUAUUAUAUACAAAAGUAAUUAAAAACAGAACUGCUUUUGAAAAAUGGCGUAAAGUAGAAGUACUUUUAAUUGAUGAAAUAUCAAUGAUUUCAGGUGAUUUAUUAGAUAAAUUAAAUGUUAUUGCACAAAAAAUAAAAAGAAACAAUUUACCAUUUGGUGGAAUUCAAGUCAUAUUUUCAGGUGAUUUUUUCCAAUUACCUCCAGUGUCAAAAGGAAAAGAGGUAAAGUUUGUAUUUGAGUCAAAAUGUUGGAAAGAAGUUAUUAAAAAAUGUGUGAUUCUUCAUACACAACAUCGUCAAAGUGAUUUAACAUUUAUAGAAAUGUUAAAUAACAUAAGAUAUGGAUUUGUAACAAAGAAAACAUAUGAAAUUCUUCAAGAAUGUCAAAAACGUGAUCUUGGAGAUAAAAAGAAAACAUGUCUUUUUUCUCAUCGACUUGAUGCUGAAAAUUAUAAUAAAAGAGAAUUAUUAAAACUAACUAGUCAACCAUAUAUUUAUAAUUCAUGUGAUGUUGGGUUAGAACGUAAUAGAGGUCCAUUAAAAGAAUGUCCAGCACCAGAACAAUUACCAUUAAAACUUGGAGCAUUAGUAAUGUUAUUAAAAAAUACACAACCAGAAAUUGGAUUAGUUAAUGGAGCUGUAGGAAAAAUUUUAAGAUUUGAAGAAGUUAAAGUAAAACAUAAAGAAAAUAGAGAACAAAAGGAUUCGUAUGCAGCAGACUGUAAUAUAAAAAAAGGAGAAAAUGAAUUUUAUUUAAAUAAUAAACUUUUUCCUGUUGUUGACUUUGGAAAAGGAGUUAUUGUAACAAUUACACCUGAUAUUUGGGAAAUUGAAUCAUCAGGACUUAUAGUUUCAGCUAGAAUUCAAUUACCAUUAACACAUGCAUGGGGUUUAAGUAUUCAUAAGUCUCAAGGAUUAACACUUCCUGCAGCAGAAUUGAAUUUAGAAAAAGUUUUUGAAGCUGGACAAGCAUAUGUUGCAUUAAGUAGACUACAAUCAUUAGAAGGACUUAAAAUAGUUGGCAAAAUACCAGGAGCAGCAGCAUGGAAAGUUAAUAAGAAAGUUCUUGAAUUUUAUAAAGAGAUAGAUAAUCAAUUCCAAGAAAUAGAACCGUCUGAAUUAUAUUUUAAUCAAAAUAAUACAGAAAAAUCAGAAGCAACAACAACAUCAUCAACAUCUAUGAUAACUAAUAGAGGUGUAACAGUAAUUAAAAUAAACCCAACACUAUUAAAAAAAUAUUCAAAGUAA